AUGGUUGAAUCUAAGAUUACUAAAGAAUAUGCAUCUGGUCUUAUUUUAUUUGAUAUUGUCGAUGAAUUAGCAUAUAUUGGACGUAUUACAAUAAACAAUCCAUCAAAACGUAAUGCAAUAUCACGUCAAAUGUGGUUUGCCUUAUCAGAUCUACUAGAUGAUUGUCUUCUUAAUUAUAAAACUAUUCGUGUAUUAAUAAUAACUGGUAGUGGUCAAAUCUCAUUUUGUUCAGGUGCAGAUUUAUCGGAAAAAGAAGGUGAUGGUACUGAUCAUACAAUACCAAAUAUUCGUGUUAAACUUCGUCAAUAUCCAAUACCUAUUAUUGCAAAAAUUAAUGGUUAUUGUUUAGGUGGUGGCCUUGCAUUAGCCAUGAAUGUUGAUAUUCGUAUCGCAUCUGAAAAUGCUUCAUUUAGUAUUCCAGCUGUUAAAUUAGGUGUACCAUGUCCAAAAGAUAUUGUUCAUCGUUUAAUUCAAUUAGUAGGUGAAUCUGAGGCAAAAAUGAUACUCUAUACGGGUAAUAGAAUUUCAGCUCAACAAGCUUAUUCUAUAGGAUUAAUUCAAUAUGUAUCGGAUAGUCAUGAUAAUCUCGAUAAAUAUGUAUUGGAAUUAGCUCAAACAAUAUCACGCAAUGCUCCAUUAUCAAUUCGUUCUAUUAAAUUAAUGAUUGAAAAUGGAACUAAUGAAUUAACUAUAAAAACGUCAAUUGAUGCAUGUCUUUCAUCACAUGAUAUUAAUGAAGGACGAAAUGCUUUUCGUGAAAAAAGAGACGCAAAUUUUCAAGGCUGUUAG